AAAUCCCCAAAUUCCACUCAUCACUCUCUCUCUCUCUCUCUCUCAACAGUAACAAAAAUGACGAAGAAGAUGAGAGAAGUAAUCAUCACCUACAUUCUCCCUAUCCUCCUCCUCCUCACCGUCAAAUCCCACGCGCACAACGUCACGCGCCUCCUAGCAAACCACCCUUCCUUCUCCUCCUUCAACCAUUUCCUAACCCAAACUCACCUCGCCGACGAAAUCAACCGGAGAACAACCGUAACCGUCUGCGCCGUCGAUAACGCCGCCAUGUCCGCCUUAACCUCAAAAGGCUACACGAUCACCACCCUCAAAAACAUCCUCUCCCUCCACGUCCUCCUCGAUUACUUCGGCGCCAAAAAACUCCACCAGAUCCGCGACGGCUCCGCCCUCGCCGCCACUCUCUUCCAAGCCACCGGAGCUGCUCAAGGAAUGACCGGAUUCGUCAAUAUUACGGAUCUGAGAGGCGGUAAGGUCGGAUUCGGCCCCGACGGCGGAGAUCUGUCUUCCUUCUUCGUCAAAUCGAUCGAAGAAGUUCCUUACAACAUCUCCAUUAUUCAGAUCAGUAAAGUUUUACCGUCGGAGUCUGCGGCGGCUCCGACUCCGGCUCCGGCGGAGAUGAAUCUCACCGGGAUAAUGUCGGCUCAUGGAUGUAAAGUUUUCGCCGAGACUCUUCUCUCUAACCCUGGAGCUUCCAAAACCUACCAGGAGAGUGUAGAAGGAGGCAUGACAGUGUUCUGUCCAGGAGAUGACGCCAUGAAAGGAUUCUUGCCCAAAUACAAGAACUUGACAGCUCCAAAGAAAGAAGAUUUCCUCGAUUUUUUCGCCGUCCCGACGUAUUACUCAAUGGCGAUGCUAAAAUCCAACAACGGUCCCAUGAACACACUCGCUACCGACGGAGCCAACAAGUUCGAGCUCACUGUACAGAACGAUGGAGCGAAAGUUACGCUCAAGACAAGGAUCAACACUGUCCAGAUCGUUGAUACUAUCAUCGACGAGCAGCCAUUGGCUAUUUAUGCCACCGAUAAGGUUUUACUGCCUAAAGAGCUGUUUAAGGCAUCGGCUGUUGAAGCUCCGGCUCCUGCUCCGGCACCGGAGGACGGAGAUGCUGCGGAUUCUCCGAAACCGGGAAAAGGGAAAGCGAAAGGGAAGAAGAAGAAGGCUGCACCGUCGCCUGAUGAUUCUUUUGAUGAGUCGGAUUCGCCUGCGGAAGGGCCUGAUGGAGAGGCGGAUGAUGCGACUGCUGAUGAAGCCGGUGCGGUUAGGAUCAUCGGAGGAGUUAAGGCUGGUUUGGUGGUGAGCUUGCUCUGCUUGUUUGCUUCUUGGCUUCUAUAGUUCACUUCUUGUUUCUCUUCUUCGUCUUUGUUUAAUUUUGUUCGUUUUCUUUUUCUUACUUUGAGGGAAAGUAAAUGAGGUUUAUUUAAUUUCCCCUAUUAUUGAGGUUUUUUUUUUUAAUUUGAUAUUUGGUUGUCGAGUUAAUUAGUCGGUGGUUUAUUUAUUUUAUUUGUGUGUUCUUGUUCACGUGUUUGUUUAGUUGAUAAAUGUAAUGAAUGGUGUUGCAUUGGAACACAAGAUACUGAAUACUCCAUAUUUGAGCACAUAC